CACAAGUAUUAAUUGUAGUAGCAGUACUAGUAGCAAGAACAGUCGCAACAGUAGUAGCCAUCGUAGCAACAGUAGUAGUGGUACUCGUCCCAGCAAUAAUACCAGUAGCAACAGUAGUAGUGAUCCUCGUACCAGCAAUAAUACCAGUAGCAACAGUAGUAGUGAUCCUCGUCCCAGCAAUAAUACCAGUAGCAACAGUAGUAGUGAUCCUCGUCCCAGCAAUAAUACCAGUAGCAACAGUAGUAGUGAUCCUCGUACCAGCAAUAAUACCAGUAGCAACAGUAGUAGUGAUCCUCGUACCAGCAAUAAUACCAGUAGCAAGAGUACUGGUAGGACCGGUGGUGCCCUUGACACCACUGGAAGUGGGCGUACUGGAGUAAGUAGUGUAAGACGUGACGCAGCUGUUCCGGCAGCAAAUGCAACAUUCAUUGCACAAAUCAUUUUCCCCUUGUAA